GUUUACGUACUGUACGUGAAGGCAUCAGUUUGUCACGGUUUGUGUUGCUCUCUGACGGUCAGUGACAGCUAGCAGCUUAGCAGCCAGCAGCAAACAGAGCACAAACAGCACUCGCUCAACAUGAGGGCCAACAGUUUGCCCCGAAUUGUAGUCAUUACAGUAUGCACGGUGGUGUUCAUUGCAGUUCUAAUUGUCAACGCGUUGGCUGGAGCGGGAAAGGGUCCUUUCCACUCCUCCACAGGGAAUGUCUCCGCCCUUUAUGAGACGGAGAUCACCCCCGCUGGCUGGACCUUCUCCAUCUGGGGCGUCAUCUACACCUGGCUCGCCCUCCUGGUCAUAUACACCACUUCAUAUGUCUUCAGAGGAUCCUGGGCUCAGAGCCUGCUGCCCUACACCUUCUACUUCUGCUGGAUGGCUAACUUGAUGCUGAACAUGAUCUGGCUGCUGCUGUGGGACAGAGAGUUAAUGCUGGUGGCUCUGGUGGUCUUGAUCCUGAUGGUGAUCACCAGCUACACCGCUCUGUUCUGCUGCUGCUUCGCCACAGAUUACUAUGGGCUGUGGUUACAGACAUACCAUCGCAAAGACCUGUUCUGCCUAAGGGCCCUGGUCCAGAAUGGUUUGGCUCUCUACACCACAUGGACUUCCAUUGCCUCUCUGAUCAACUUCUCAUUGGUUCUCCACCUGUGGGGUGUGGCCAAGAGCACCGCGGCGACAGCGUCUCUCUGCAUCCUAUUCGCAGAGGUGGUGGCAUGGUUCCUGAUGGAGAACUGGCUGCUGGACCGCUGGGUGCGCAACAUCCUGACGGUUUACCCGGUGGUGAUCGUGGCUCUGCUCGGAAACGUCUUCAAACAUUUUAACCCCGAUGAUCCCACUCCAAACUCUGUGUUCAUGGUGGUCCUGCUGGUGUUGGCCUGCGUGCUGCUGAUUUCCCGCCUCAUCACCGUCAUCUGGAGGAACAUGUGGCUGCCCCUCCACUCCCCCGGCUCGGCCCGACUCAUGGUGUCACCCCUCGAUGGCGGAGCGUUCAAGGUCUUGACCUAAUCCCCAGGAGCCUGCUGAGUAACUCCUGUGCCUCUACGUCCCUCUGUCCUGCACCCCUGCAACACUCCACAGGGGGCUACACUUAUGAAGGCGUGUAGCUGCUGAUGGGGAGGCACUUCUUUAAAAGAGUCUUUCCCUCUUCGCUCUCACUGCAACUCAGACAAUACUGCACUUUCUUAUAAAUACUGAUACGUCUGUUUACCACUACUACCAUCAGCACUGUCCAUAUGAAGUACUUUUCAUACAUGUGGUUAUUAUGUUUUACAUUGCUAUUUUGAAGCCGUUGCACGAAUGGAUCAUUUUAUUGUGCAUCCAUUCAGUGACAAUAUACUCUGCCUUUCAUACAGUUACAUUUGAACUUUAAAAGUGUUGUUGAGUUCAUACCUAUUUGCCAAUAAAGCUGCCUCUAUUCAA